ACAUAUACUGUAUCUAAAUGCAUUUCUUUAGUAAUUUUUUUUUUUACAUACAGUAGUAACUGAGUUACCUCAAAUUUUCUAUUAUUUCGUGUUAUUUUAUACCUGUAGAAAACUUCUUUACAUAAUUGUUUUGAACAUAUAAUUGAUAUAAAUUUAAUGAAUGCUAUAUUUCUCUGUCUGAUGCAAUACAUUUAUUCGAAGAAUGUAUUACCUUAAAACGAAUGAUUUUUCAUUGUUUAUGCAUAUUUAUUUACCUAUUAACAUUUUUUUAAACACUCAUAAAUUAAUUCUGUAACUCAGUAUGGGGUUUGUUAGACUUAGAUACUUUCAUUGUAACUUUUUCCUCCCUACAGACCCAACAUAUUCUGAGGUUGUUUAUCAACCAGAUCCAGUGAUGAUGGUCUCUGUUGGGGAAACUGUCACUCUGCGCUGCUUUUUUCUGAUAGAUCACAGUGAUCCAAUUACUUGGUACAAGCAGACUUCUGGGCAACAACCACAAGCUGUUGCAAUGGUGCAGAAAUUAGCCAAAACUCCUCAUUUCUUCAACAACUUUAAACCCUCACAUUUUAGCAUUGAGACUGACACAGAAAAAUGUCAUUUAACAAUUUCAAAUGUCACUUCGUCGGAUGAAGCUGUAUAUUACUGUGGCUGGAGAAGGUAUGAAACUCACUUCGCUGGAGGCACAUAUUUGGCUUUAAAAGACUCACAAAACAACCCAUAUGAAUCCAAGGUGUCUGUUCUUCAGCAUCCCGAAUCAGAGCCUGUCCAGUUUGGAGACACAGUGAACCUGCGGUGCUCUGUGUUGUAUGAAAACAGCACCACAGAUAUCAGAAUGUUCUGGUUCAGAUCUGAUCCAGGAAAAACUGUUCCAGAAAUCCUUUACACUCAUAAUCAGUCUAAUCAGUGUGAGAGUGAUUCUACACGGACCUGCACAUUCAAACUGUCCAAGAACAUUAGCAGCCAAAUAGACACUGACACGUACUACUGCGCCGUAGUCAUCUGCGGAAAGAUUUUCUUUGGGAAUGGGACAAAAAUAAAUAUGGUAAAGACAGUGGAUCCUCUGGUGAUUAUCUUGAGUGUUUUAUUGGGUAUUUGUGUGGUUGUGAUCACUGCUCAAGCUGUUUUAAACCAUAAAAAGGAAAGAUGCUACAACAACAAAGAAAAAAGGCUACAAGACAUUGAAAAAGAACAUCCCUCCAAUAAGGAUCAUGAUGCAGUGGAGUUGAGUUAUGCUGCUUUGAAUUUUAAGGAGGGCAAAAACAGAAGAGUGCGAAAAAAGGGGGAAACACCUCAAGACAGUGUGUACAGCCAAAUCAAUGACCCCAGUGAGACUGACCAUAGUGUAGCUGUGUACAGAAGUGUAUAGAAUCUAUUCGACAGUAAAUUUAACUUGUGCUACACUUGCUUUGUAUAUUGAUUUGUGUGAUUUAUUUACUAGCUAACUGUGUCUUUUUGCAAAUUCCACUACUGCAUCUAAUUUUGUAAUAGAAUUGUAUACAUAACAUAUUUGAAUUACAACAAUUGUGAUUACAUUUCUUUAUUCCAACAACAAAAUUCAUUUUGCGAAUCCUUUUAAAUGGAACAUAAAAAGUUGCCAAGG